AUGGAAUCGCAGACCCCCUUAAUUUUGGAACGCGAAAAUCUAUACAUCACACUGAACGGACUCGAUAACGAUGAGACUCAUUUCCAUUGGGGAUUUUAUCUGUGGAAAGAUGUUGUUGCCAAUCCAGAUGAUAUUGGGAAAUACUUUCAUGUCACUGACAGAGAUAGUCCGCACAAGUUUUCGUAUGAAGAUACACGCCACUCUGAUAUACGAGGAGCCAUAAAUUUGCGAGUAGCAUUGAAGAUUGCCAUCAUCAAGCCUGCACACUGGGAUAGGCUAGGAGAUUUAUUGAGCUGGGUACCCAUUCAUGCAUCAACCACUUGCCGUACUCAGGUUUUGGAAGCACUUAAAAAUCUAGAUGAAGAAGGGAUUGUCAAGUUGAAGAAUGAUGGCAUCAAAAGUAUCGAACGAGAAUGUCUGAAAUAUGCAAGAAUUGGGGAAAGGAUCAUCAAGCAAAGCAAUCACUGCAAAUUCUGA